AAACUUGCCAAAGAAAUGACUUUUCGAAAUUUACUUUAUGAGAGAUUACAUGCUCGGGAUAAAGUAGAAGGCAGUUUUCAUGAUAUUAUAGUCACAAAUAAUCGACUUCUUCAACAAACGAUUGAACUUGAAAAGAGGUUCAAAUUAAAUUCAACUAAUGCAUCGUCUUCAGUUGUUGGAAAUUCAGAACAAUUGCUUGAAUUAGACCGCCGUAUAAGAGAGCUUAAUGAAGAAAGAGCAGAAAUGUAUAAGACGCAAAGUGAAAACGCUCAAAGACUUGUGACUAUGAAUGAACAACUGAGACUAAAAGAAGAAAAAGAAAAUAAACAAACAGAAGAGAUUAAACACUUAUUAGAGAAAGUAACAAAACUUUCGGACUUAGUUGAACUACAGGUUCAACAAUUGCAUGAAAAGAAUAAUACAAUCCAGAUACUUCAAGAUGAAUUGGCUGCUUUACAGUUGGAGAUGUACACUACUGAAGAAAAAAAUAAAAAACUGACAGCAGAAAACCAGCAGUUGGUCGAACGUUGGAUAAAUAAGAUGAACGAAGAAGCAGAAAAGAUGAAUGAAGCAACUCAAUUUUAUGAAACAGUACUUGAACAAGCAAGAGGAGCAGCUGAUAGACAAAAAGUUCUAAAACAAUCAAGGAAGAAAUCUUCUUCUUCAAACAAUCUUGAAAGAUCAUAUCAAUAUUCAAGUAUUAUUUUACCAAAAAAAGCGAGUAAAAAAAUUAAUAUACAUGAUGCAGAAUUACAUUGUAUUUCAGCUUCUUCAACUGACUCUAUAUUCGCUACAGGUGGUGCUGAUAAGAAGAUUAAAUUGAUUAAUGCAAAGACAGGUCAUGUUAUACAAACACUGAGUGGAUCUCUACAAACAAUUACUUCUAUUUCUUUCAAUUCAACUGAUGAAAUGAUUUUGGGUUCCUGCACAGAUAAUGCAACCAGAAUCUGGAGUUUAAGUACACAUAGAUUAAAGCAUACUUUAACUGGCCAUAUUGGAAAAGUUUAUUCAGCAAAAUUUACGAGUGAUUCUAAUAAAGUGGUAUCUGGUAGUCAUGAUAGAACUGUAAAAAUAUGGGAUCUUCAAAAGGGAUACAAUAUUCGUACAAUUUUUACUUUUUCAAGCUGUAAUGAUAUAUGUCUUAUGGAUCCUGAUGGUCAAACAGUAAUAAGCGGACAUUUAGAUAACAAUAUUAGGUUAUGGGAUGCUCGUACAGGUGUAGGAAUAAAAGAAUUAACGGGAAUUCAUAAUGGACAGAUUACAUCUGUCAGCAUGUCUUACAAUAAUAAUUAUUUACUUACAAAUUCAAGAGAUAAUACACUUAAAAUUAUUGAUAUUAGGAUGUAUGAGACUGUGAAAUCUUUCCAUGCUGAUACAUAUCGAAACGGACUAAACUGGUCUCGCUCUACUUUUAGUCCUGAUGGGAAUUAUGUUACAGCCGGCUCAGCAGAUGGAUGUUUGCAUAUUUGGAAUUCGCGAACUGGGAAGCUUGAGAAAUCAAUUAAAGAGCAUAGCUCUGCAAUAUGUGGUGUUUCUUGGAGUCCUGAUGGUGACCAUUUAUAUUCAGCUGAGAAGAAUAAGAUGGUGUGUAUUUGGGAUACUUCUGCAUCAUAAAGUUAAACUAAAUAAGGAUAUCAAAAUAUAUUUAUUCAAUAAACCGUACAUUCAAUAUUUAAUGAUAUGGUAACAGUAUUCGAUUAUUAGAAGCCAUCGAAUCCUUGUGAAUUAAAAUAGUCUAGACACUUCAGGUCAGUCAGCUCAAAUAUUGAUGGUUUAUAAUUCAAAAUUUUAUAAGAGAAAAGUUAAAGCGCUGUUUUUUAUUUAUUAUUUAUAUAAUUAAAAUAGACACCUUAAUAUGUAUAUUAUUUUUAAAUCAUGCUGUCAUUCAACAACCAUUUUUUAAUUUGAUUCGAGUCAAUUACUAUACGUUGUAACUCAGACAGACGUCACC